GAUGCUGCGACUGAGCCCCCCCUCCCCCGCUAUCAUUCAUUCUUUCGUCUAUCAUUCGGACUAAAUACAGACGAGAGCGACACGCCGGAGGUCGCAUGGACACAAGGCUUUAUGACAAUUACGAAGGAAUUCAAAUAUUCGACGAGAACUGAAAUAACGGUUUGAAAUCUGUGUGGUUAACGCACCUGAGCUCACCGUCACGCGAGGGAUUCGCUUUAUGUUUCAUAACCGCCCGCGCUACUCGGGCUGAGGAAAAAAUAUCCCACACACAAGGAUGCGGAUUUAACGGAAAACUAUCGAGAGCUAUCUGGCUUUUAAAACGGGAAGAAACCAGAAACACCUAUGUGAGCUGGACGAAACCAUUCCGCUUUGUCUUCGCCUGAGAGAAACGUUGAGAUUCGUUGGAUUUGAAAACACAGCCACGCCAUAGGUGGUGGAGGGGGAUGCGUGGCCUCACGAGCUGUUGCGCUGUCUGAAUCCAAGACUGGAGAAAAACAUCACUACGAUAUUGCCAAAUUGCCGUGGAAAGGGAGGACAGGGCAGCUGUUUAGUUUCCAGCUGCGACCAUGAGCACCCUAUCACCGACUGAUUUUGAUAGUGUUGAGAUCCAGCAGCAGUACAACGACAUCAACAACCGCUGGGACAUCGCAGCUGAAACAGAGUGGGAUAAUGAGAACAGUUCUGCACGUCUGUUUGAGCGUUCACGUAUUAAAGCUCUCGCAGAUGAGAGAGAGGCAGUGCAGAAGAAGACCUUCACAAAAUGGGUGAACUCUCACCUGGGCCGUGUGACCUGCAGGAUUGGUGACCUCUACACUGACCUCCGCGAUGGACGUAUGCUUAUCCGACUGCUGGAAGUUCUCUCUGGGGAACAACUGCCAAAGCCCACCAAAGGCCGUAUGCGCAUCCACUGUCUGGAGAAUGUUGACAAGGCCCUGCAGUUCCUGAAGGAACAAAAGGUUCAUCUGGAGAACAUGGGUUCUCAUGAUAUUGUCGAUGGAAACCACCGCCUCACACUUGGACUCAUUUGGACCAUAAUUCUCCGCUUCCAGAUCCAAGACAUUAGCGUUGAGACAGAGGACAACAAGGAGAAGAAAUCAGCCAAAGAUGCUCUGCUGCUGUGGUGUCAGAUGAAGACUGCAGGGUACCCAAAUGUCAAUGUCCACAACUUUACCACCAGCUGGAGAGAUGGUCUAGCGUUCAAUGCCAUAGUGCACAAACACAGGCCAGACUUGAUUGACUUUGAUAAUCUUAAGCGCUCUAAUGCCCACUAUAACCUGCAGAAUGCCUUUAAUGUGGCAGAGAAGGAACUGGGUCUUACCAAGCUACUGGAUCCAGAGGAUGUGAAUGUUGAUCAGCCUGAUGAGAAGUCCAUCAUCACAUAUGUGGCCACAUACUACCACUACUUCAGCAAGAUGAAGGCGCUCGCCGUAGAGGGCAAGAGAAUUGGCAAGGUGCUAGACUAUGCUAUUGAAGCAGAUCAGCUGAUAGAGAAAUAUGAGACUCUGGCCUCAGAGCUGCUGCAGUGGAUUGAACAAACCAUUGUUACCCUUAAUGACCGUCAGCUCGCUAACUCGCUCAAUGGGGUUCAGAACCAGCUACAGGCCUUCAAUACAUACCGCACCGUGGAGAAACCACCCAAGUUUACUGAAAAGGGAAAUUUGGAGGUUUUGCUCUUCACCAUUCAGAGUAAAAUGAGAGCAAACAAUCAGAAAGUCUACAUCCCACGAGAGGGAAAACUCAUCUCUGACAUCAACAAGGCAUGGGAGAGGCUGGAGAAAGCAGAACAUGAGAGGGAGUUGGCACUGAGAAAUGAGCUGAUUCGUCAGGAGAAGCUGGAGAUGUUGGCCGCACGUUUUGACCGCAAAGCAGCCAUGAGAGAAACCUGGCUCAGCGAAAACCAGCGGCUGGUCUCACAGGACAGUUUUGGUGUUGACCUGGGUGCUGUGGAAGCAGCCACUCGCAAACACGAGGCCAUUGAGACAGACAUUCAGGCGUAUGGUGAGCGUGUAGCAGCUGUAGAAGCUGUUGCUCGAGAACUGGAGGCGGAGGGAUAUCAUGAAGUGCGGCGCAUACUGGCACGGAGGGAUAACGUCCUCAGACUGUGGGAGUAUCUGAAGGAACUACUUGCAGCACGUAGAGAGAGGCUGUUUGCACACAGAGACCUGCAGCGCCUCCUACAGGAGAUGAGCUACAUCAUGGACUGGAUGGAAGACAUGGAGAGUCGCCUGCAAUCUCAGGACAGUGGCAAACACCUUCAUGAUGUGGAGGACUUGCUGCAGAAACACACACUUGUGGAAGCUGAUAUAUCCGCACAGGCUGAGCGAGUCAAGGCCGUGCAAGCUGCUGCAAAGAGAUUUACUUCAAAUGAACAAAAUUAUAAGCCAUGUGACCCCUCUCUGGUUGAAGAGAAGGUGGAUCUUCUUGGCCGAACGUAUGGAGAUCUCGGGCAGCUGGCAGUGGAUCGACGAGCUCGACUGGAUGAUUCACGAAGGUUGUGGCAGUUCCUGUGGGAACUGGGAGAGGAGGCCGCCUGGAUCCGAGAGCAGGAGCAGAUCCUGUCCGGAGGAGACUACGGAAAGGACUUAAGCUCCGCUCUUCACCUUCUGUCUAAACAUGAGGCCUUCAGGGAUGAGAUGGCAGCCCGGUAUGGCCCUCUAGGGAACAGCAUUGCUGGUGGAGAGACCCUGGUGAAGGAAGGGCACUUUGGAGCUCCUGAGGUGACAGAGCGAAUCAAGGACGUGAAAGCACAGUGGUCGCACAUGGAGGAGGCCUCACAGUUGCGUGAGCAGGGACUGAAAGAGUCUGUAGCUCUCCAUCAGUUCCAGACAGAUGCAAACGACAUGGACGCCUGGAUACUGGAAACACUAAGACAGGUGUCUAGUCAAGAAGUUGGCCAUGAUGAGUUUUCUACACAGACUCUGGCCAGAAAGCAGAGAGAGGUGGAGGAGGAAAUUCAAAGUCACCGAUCACUCAUCGACUCACUACAUGAACAGGCCUCUACACUGCCUGAAGCAUAUGCACAGUCUCCACAGGUGGAGGGCCGUCUCCCAGCAAUAGAGCAGCAAUAUGAAGAGUUAGAGAGGCUGUCGUCGUCAUGGCGACAGGACUUAGAUGGAGCACUUGCAUUAUAUCGUAUGUUUAGCGAAGCUAGUGCCUGCCAGCUGUGGGUCGGAGAAAAAGAACUGUGGCUGCAUAACAUGGAGAUUCCCACCAAACUGGAGGAUCUGGAGGUGGUCCAGCAGAGGUUUGAAACUCUGGAGCCAGAGAUGAACACACUGGGUGCUCGCAUUUCUGAUGUCAAUCAAGUGGCUCAACAGCUUCUUGGAUCAGACAACCGCAACAAAGAGCAGAUUGACCAGACACAGAACCAACUCAAUAAGAGGUGGUCUGAUUUCCAGAGUCUGGCCAACCAGCGCAAACAAGCUCUGGAAUCAGCACUGAAUAUCCAGAACUAUCAUCUAGAGUGUAAUGAGAUCAAGAGCUGGAUGAAGGAGAAGACCAAGGUCAUCGAGUCCACGCAGAGCCUUGGAAAUGACCUGGCUGGGGUCAUGGCUCUGCAGCGUAAGCUCACUGGUAUGGAGAGAGACCUGGAGGCUAUACAGGGUAAGCUGGAUGACCUGCGUUCUGAGGCCGAGAAGUUGGCAUCUGAGCACCCCGAGCAGGAGGAGGAGAUCAAGGGUCGGCUGGCUGAAAUCCAGGAUGUGUGGGAGGAGCUUCGAGCCACCAUGAAACGGCGCGAGGAGUCACUGGGCGAAGCCUCUAAGCUUCAGGGCUUCCUUAGAGAUCUUGAUGACUUCCAGGCAUGGCUUUCUCGCACACAGACCACUGUGGCAUCUGAGGACACACCUACAUCUUUGGCGGAAGCAGAGCGUCUGCUGGCUCAGCAUGAGGCCAUCAAGAAUGAAGUAGAUAAUUACAGGGAAGAUUACGAGAAGAUGAGAGCUACUGGAGCUGAGGUGACUCAGGGACAGACUGAUGCCCAGCACAUGUUCCUAGCUCAGCGGCUUCAAGCAUUGGACACUGGCUGGAAUGAGCUGAGGAGAAUGUGGGAGAGCCGCCACUGUGUCCUCGCUCAGGCCUUUGAUUUCCAAACCUUGCUACGAGAUGCAAAACAAGCAGAGGGCUUCCUCAAUAGCCAGGAGUAUGUUCUUUCACACACAGAGAUGCCCUCCAGCCUUCAAGGGGCUGUGGAGGCCAUCAAGAAACAUGAAGACUUCCUCACCACCAUGGAGGCCAAUGAAGAAAAGAUCAACGGCGUGGUUGAGUCUGGACGGAGACUCAUUUCAGAUGGCAACACCUAUGCAGACAAGAUCCAAGAGAAGACAGACUCCAUUCAGGAGAGGCACCAGAAGAACAGACAAGCUGCAAAUGAGCUGCUAGCUAAACUGAAGGACAACAGAGAGCUGCAGCACUUCCUGCAGGAUGGACAAGAGCUGAACUUGUGGAUAAAUGAGAAAAUGUUGACGGCUCAGGACAUGUCCUAUGAUGAGGCUAGAAACCUCCACAGCAAGUGGCAGAAGCACCAGGCCUUCAUGGCUGAGCUAGCCUCCAAUAAAGACUGGCUGGACAAGAUUGACAAGGAGGGUCAGGUGUUAGUGAAGGAGAAGCCUGAACUGGAGCAGACGGUAUCAGAGACUAUGGGCAGCCUGCAGAAGCAGUGGGAGGAGCUUGAGAGCACCACUCAAGCCAAAGCUCAGUGUCUGUUUGAUGCUAACCGAGCUGAACUUUUCACACAAAGCUGUUCAGCACUGGACUCCUGGCUCCAGAACAUCUCCUCUCAACUCCAAAGCGAUGACUUUGGAAAAGAUCUCACCAGUGUCAACAUCUUGCUCAAGAAGCACCAGAUGCUGGAGCAUCAGAUGGAGGUGCGUGAGAAAGAGGUCCAGUCUCUGCAGUCACAGGCUCUGGCCUUGGCCCAAGAGGAUGCUGGGAUUGUGGAGGUGGAUGGGCAGCAGAGAAGGGUGACAGAGAGCUUCUCUAAUCUGCAGGACCCUCUAAGACAGCGGAGGCAGCAACUUCUUGAUUCAAAAGAGGCUCAUCAGUUCAACAGAGACCUUGAGGAUGAAAUUUUAUGGGUAAAGGAGAGGAUGCCUCUCGCCACGUCCACAGACCAUGGUAAAGAUCUUCCCAGUGUACAGCUUCUCAUCAAAAAGAAUCAGACUCUGCAGAAAGAGAUUCAGGGUCAUCAGCCCCGUAUCGACGACAUCCAGGCUCAUGGUAGGAACAUGUCCCCUGAGGAGUCAGAGAUGGACAGGGAGAGGAGAGCUGCUCUUGAUGUUCGUCUGGCGGAGCUGAGGGAAUUGUGGGCCCUUUUGAUUUCUGAGACAGAGAAGAGGAACUUGAGGCUAGAAGAGGCUAACCGAGCGCAGCAGUUUUACGCAGAUGCUGCAGAGGCUGAGGCCUGGAUGGGAGAACAAGAGCUUCAUAUGAUGUCAGAGGAAAAGGCAAAGGAUGAGCAGAGUGCUUUGGUGAUGGUGAAGAAACACCAGAUUCUGGAGCAGGCUCUAGAGGACUAUGCUCAGACCAUCCACCAGCUGGCCAAUAGCAGCAGACUUAUGGUGAAUAGUGAACACCCAGAGAGUGAAAGAAUCACUCUGAGGCAGGCCCAGGUGGAUAAACUGUACGCAGGGUUGAAGGAUCUGGCAGAAGAGAGGAGGGGCAAACUGCAGGAGAGACUGAGACUGACCCAGCUGAAGAGAGAGGUGGAUGAUUUAGAGCAGUGGAUCGCUGAAAGAGAGGUUGUCGCUGGGUCUCACGAACUCGGACAGGACUACGAACAUGUGACGAUGUUGCGUGAUAAAUUCCGGGAGUUUGCGCGGGACACCAGCACAAUUGGCCAGGAGCGUGUGGAUGCAGUGAAUGACCAGGCAGAUGAACUUAUUGAGUCAGGUCAUCCUGAAAAUGCCAGUGUGGCUGAAUGGAAGGACGGGCUCAAUGAGGCCUGGGCUGACCUGCUCGAGCUCAUUGACACACGCACACAGAUGCUUGCCGCCUCGUACGAGUUGCACCGCUUCCAUCAGGACGCCCGGGAAGCUCUGGGGCUCAUACGGGAGAAGAAGGAAACACUAGCAGGGGCUGAACUCGGACGGGACCUGAACACUGUCCAACACUUGCUUAGACAGCAUACGGCAUAUGAGCAUGAUGUACAGGCACUGAGUGGACAGAUCACACAGGUUCAGGAUGAUGCUGCACGUCUACAGAAAGCAUAUGCUGGAGAGAAAGCUGAUGAUAUCCAUCGACACGAGCGUGCGGUCACAGAGGCCUGGGAGGGGCUUCAAUCUGCCACUCAAGCCAGACGGCUACUCCUACUGGACACAGUGGAGAAGUUCAGAUUCUUAAACAUGGUCAGAGACCUAAUGCUGUGGAUGGAGGGAGUCAGUUUACAAAUCCAGUCACAUGACAGCCCAAGGGACGUCUCCUCAGCUGGUCUGGUCAUUGCCAACCAUCAGGAUAUUAAGUCUGAGAUAGAGACCAGAGCAGACAGCUUUACCGCAAGCAGUGAAAUGGGACGCACCCUCAUCAACAACAACCACUAUGCUUCAGAUGAGAUUCAAGAGAAAUUGGAUCAGCUUCAGGCCAGACGCACUGAAAUUAAUCAGAAGUGGCAAGAGAAAAUGGAUCACUUACAGAUCGUUCUAGAGGUGUUACAGUUUAGCAGGGAUGCAUCUAUGGCCGAGUCAUGGCUGGCAGGACAGGAGCCACUGGUCAGGGGAGCAGAAUUGGGCUCUAACGUCGAUGAGGUUGAGAGUCUUAUCAAACGCCAUGAAGCCUUUGAAAAACUGGCAGCAGGCUGGGAAGAUCGUUUCACACAGCUAGAGAAGCUCACCACGCUGGAGGAACAGGAAAUUCAAAGAAGACGGGAAGAGGAAGAGAGGGCCCGACGACCACCCACACCUCCCCCUGUGGAGGAGGUAGUACAGUCUGAGAUAAACGAUUCUGCUGCAAGGACGAGUCUGGAUCAGACUACAUUGAACCAGUCAGUAUCUGUCAAUGGGGACUACAGUGACCAGGAAACAUCACAGUCAUUAUCGGUCUCUGUUUCUGAACUCAAGAAACCUGAACCUAAACCAGAGAGUAAACCUCAGUGUAACCCAGUUUCUAAGCCUGUGCCUAAAGCCCACAAGGCACAGGAGCGUGGAUCAGAAUCAGAAUCUGUAAACGGUCCGGGCCGUGACAGCGGUCUAGACUCAGCAUCACGGCAAGACCCUUCAGCUACACUGCCAGGGCGAGGAGGAGCAGAGGCGGCCACAGAAAUUAUGGAGGGCAUCCUUUGCAGGAAACAGGAAAUGGAAUCGCACAACAAAAAAGCAGCCACCAGAUCGUGGCAGAAUGUAUAUUGCAUAUUACGUAAAGGCAGUCUGGGCUUCUAUAAGGACAACAAGAGUGCCUCGAGUGGAAUCCCCUACCAUGGAGAAGUUCCCAUCAGCCUUACUGAGGCUGUCUGUGAGGUCGCCCAUGACUACAAGAAAAGAAAACAUGUAUUUAAACUUAGGCUUGGGGAUGGAAAAGAGUUCUUGUUCCAAGCAAAGGAUGAGGCUGAGAUGAGUUCAUGGAUUCAAGCAAUCCAGUCAUCCUUGUCGUCCACCGAGCAUUCACCGGGUGGCACACGAGGUCUGAGUCGGGCGAUGACCAUGCCGCCUAUGUCUCCCAGCUCGGGCGAUGCAGGAGGUGUAACCAUGCGCAACAAAGAUGGCAAAGAGAGAGACCGCGAGAAGCGCUUCAGUUUCUUUGGCAAGAAGAAAUAAGUACCCAAAUAUGCCACAGAUCUCAACAGUGAGCCAAGCAAGAGAAUUUUGUCAACACUCAAAAGAAACUGAUAAAAUUAGAAAAGGCGAAGAAAACUCGCUUGUCAAGUUGUAAUACAUUUUUCAUUUUUGCCCUUUUUUCCACUUUACAUUUUUUUAGUUUGUCAUAUUUCACACAUGGAUCUGGUUCAGUCUUGCCUCCUAGAUUGAACGCCACUUUUGGUGACCAUAAGCUCUGAGCCAAGGGAAUGUUUCCCAGACCAAGAGUCUUCCUGAAAGUUCAGAUCAUACCUUUCAAUUAGACUGGUUAUUCUCUAAAAAUCAUUUUGUUUUUGGGUUAGAUGGCGUUUCCAUAUUGUAAUGACCAAGAGUGCUAUUUUGUCUUUUUCCCCUGAUGAUUUCCUUUAUAUGUCCUGAUUUCAACCUUUCCCUUUCUUUGUGAAGGACCGUGAUCCUUUUCUUUGUUUUUGUUUUUUUAAAUAUUAUUAUACUUACAACAAAAAGAUUUAAUUGUGAUUGCUAUUAUUAAUAUUGUUUUUUGAGUCAAUUUAAAGUUGAAUAUUUAAAGAAACUGUAAGUAUAGUUGGUGUGACCUCAUGUUCAGAGAGAGGACAAAGGAGAAAGAAUCCCAUGAGUCAGUGGUGGGAGUUUAUUCUGGUCUUUUUUCCUUUCAUCUACAUGCUCUUCUAACAGACAGAAUAUUUUCUUUCCUUCUCAUUUUUCUAGAUAUGACUGUGUUGAAUGCUUCUUUUAUUAAGUAGUGUUUUUUCGGCUUGCAAGUUAAAGAAAAUGAGUUAAAACUCCACUAUUUAUGAUGGUUUUAUUUUUUAUUUGAUCUUUCUACUCUCUUGUUCAUUCCCAUUAAGAGGUACUUUGAGUAUGCGUUCUUAUUGUAUGGUUUUGUUUCUAUAGGUUAUGUUCCUUUAACCACUUUAUCCUGUUCUCUUCUUAGACCAGAAACAUGUUUGUUGUGAAGAUUGAAAUUGAGGUGUGAUGCUGUGGUUUGGACUUUGGUUUUACAAUUGCUAGAAAGCAAACAGACAAAACACAAGUAUCACUUGCACAAGCCAACAUUAAACUUGCGUCAAACAAAGAAUUUGAGGACGGGCAUAUUUUGCUUUUUGAUUUUCAAGUUUCCUAUCGGAAUGUAUUCUCAGGCGUCAGUUUUACCAUUCACACAGUGACGGACACACGCACAUAAGCCUACACUUUAAAUAUUUUACAGGGAUGAACCUCUCUGACAGCUGAAGUUGGGUUAGUGUCAGUGAUGCUCUUUAGGUUGAUGCUGUAUUUUUAGGUGUGUGUGUGAGAGAGAGUGAGUGUGUGUGCGCUCAGAAGAGGUUGCUUUCAGGUAUAUCGGUUGUGAAUGUUGCUUCAGCUCUGAAUGAGAAGCAAAAUUACUGAGGUAUUCUUAAUGUGGACCAAAAUGACAAUUUUCCCCCCGCUCAUGGUGAUUGAGAUGAUCUGUUCCCUUUAUUUGUACAUCACAAGUUACUUUCAAUUAUCUUCCUUGGAGGAAUGUGAAAUUUUUAAUUGUAGGUUUUAUACUUGCGGCCAGCAGGAGAGUCUCUCCUAUCCCGUAAGUCACGUUACACAGAGGCAGAAUCAACAGCAACCUAGAAGACAGGAUUUCAGAUAUACUUUUGCAGUUAAACGCAUGAUGUAUUGGUAACAAGUGUUCCCACUGUGGCAUGAAAUCAGUAUUUUUGUAGGAUCAAGAUUUUUCAGCCUCAUAUGAUUGUGAGAAAGCUUGCCUUGGUGUGUUAAUAUUAGCCUGAGUUUUUGACGUUAUACAAUGAAGCCCCUUCCUCUGAGGUGUGUGGAGUAUUGAGCCAUGUCCACUCCUAUGUCAUUCAUCUCGACAUUUCCUUUGGAGACGCAUUUAAGGGGGUCAACACGAAGAUGGAAUCUAAUCUUUGUUUUUUUGCUGUGAAGUUUGAUGUGAAGGAAAAUGAUGCAGACUCUCUGCUGAACCUUGUCCAGUCCCCAAAACAGCCUCUUUCCAGUUUUCAGUGAUUGGGCAAUGUCACGGAAACACAUUUUCCACUGCAUUCCAGUGAUGUGAAAUUAGGAUCUUGGAGUCAGCGACGUUAUGAAACAUUAAUCUCUGGAUCGAUCUGAUGUUCUCCAUCCUAAAGGAUUAAAAAAAACACUGCGGUAGAGCGAUUGUAGUGCUUUUGUUCACACAGAAUACUGUCAUUGAGCUGUAAGAUGAUUCAUUUAGUCUGAGCCUGCACAUACAGUUUGGGACUGUGUGCUAAAUUGCUUCCUGAAAUAAGUCAGUGUGUUGCAUUGGAUUAUUCUCAUUUGUGCUGUUGAUUUUAUUUUAUUAUUCUUUUUAUCAGUUACUUUAUCUGAAAACUACUAUUUUCUCUCACAUUUUACACUAUUUAGUAUGGUUUAACCCAGUAUGCUUAGAUGGUCAGUUACAUUAUGGCACAUAAGGGAGUCUGUUUGUGUAAAUUUCAGCGGACCAGUGUGGAAAAUUGUAGGGAAAUGAAAUAUUGCAAUACAGUGAAUUCAAUGGGAAGAAAAUAGUCUCUCAGUAAAAGUGAGUGUGGCCUCAAAGUACUGAGCAUUAGAUUUGAUAAAAUCUGGGAUUUUUUUUAAGCAGAAUUUCUUUUCCUCAUCCAAUAGUGUUAUAUUUUACAAAAUUUUAAUGCGUCUUCAAGAAUAAUUCCGCCAAACCCAUUAAAAAUACAAUUUAUUAAAGAAAGUUGAUUCCGUUCUUGAUUUGAAAUUGAUUUUAAAGUUGUUAAUAUCACUACUAUUAUCUGUUGUUAUUAUUAUAAUAAAAGUCAUUAUUAAUAUUACUAUUAAUACUACUGUUGCAACUGCACCUCUUGUAAAACUGCAGCCUAUUCGUGCUGAGUUUCUCGUCUGUAAUACCAAACCCCGCCAUUUGGGGGCAAGUGUGCUGUGGAGCAUUUUUCAUUACUGAUCUAAACAAGAAAAAGACUUGUUUGUUGACUUGUGUAUCUACAUCUAAUAUUAGGAAUAAAAACAUGAUUUGAAAAGAAAUAAAAAAA